GAGAAAAGCAGCCCAGAAAGUCCAUCACAGGAGCAAUGUGUGGAUGACAUCCACCCGAGGUUUUUGGUGGCAAUUAUUUCGCGGAGGAGUCGACACAGAGCAGGGAUGCGUUAUAAACGGCGUGGUGUGGAUGAAAAUGGGAACGUGGCAAAUUAUGUGGAGACAGAGCAGUUAAUCCACGUCCACAGCCACACGCUCUCAUUUGUCCUUACCCGGGGAUCAGUACCAGUAUUUUGGAGUCAGAUUGGGUAUCGAUACAAUCCUCGGCCACGGUUGGACAAACCUGAGGAGGAGACGACCAGUACGUUUGCCGCACACUUUGAAGAGCAGCUGAAAAUUUAUAAAAAGCAGGUUAUUGUCAGCCUUGUAGAUCAGACUGGAAGAGAGAAAAUAAUUGGAGAUGCCUUUCUUCGACAAGUUUUGUUGUACAAUAACCCAAGCCUUACCUACGUGACUUUUGACUUCCAUGAGCAUUGGGUUGACCAGGCAGGAGAGAUUUGCAAACAGGAAGGAAUCUUCAGAGUGAACUGUAUGGAUUGUUUGGAUCGGACAAACGUGGUUCAAGCUGCAAUUGCUCGAGUGGUCAUGGAACAGCAGUUAAAGAAAUUGGGGGUUAUGCCACCUGAGCAACCCCUGCCUCAGAAAUGCUAUCGGAUUUAUCAGAUCAUGUGGGCCAACAAUGGCGAUGCCAUCAGCAGGCAGUAUGCUGGGACAGCAGCUUUGAAGGGCGACUUUACAAGAACUGGAGAACGAAAGCUUGCAGGAAUGAUGAAAGACGGUUAUAACUCUGCCAAUCGGUAUUAUCUCAAUCGCUUCCGUGAUGCAUAUCGACAAGCUGUCAUAGAUCCAAUGCAGGGCAUCCCAGUGACUGAAGAUCUCUAUUCCAUCUUUAGCAAGGAAAAAGAGCAUGAAGCUUUGCAAAAACAGAACCAGAGAAGCCAGCAGGAACAGUUCAGUCUCCUCUUGCAGAAUUAUAUGAAAAUGCUAUUACCGGACGAUGAGAAAUUCCAUGGAGGCUGGGCUGUGAUAGAUUGCGAUCCCAGCCUUAUCGAUGCCACCCACAGAGAUGUUGAUGUGCUUCUCCUCCUCUCCAACUGUGCCUACUACGUGGCCUACUACGACGAAGAGGUUGAUAAAGUGAAUCAGUAUGAAAGAAUGAACUUGGAAGAUUUGGAGAAGAUUGAAAUUGGUCCAGAACCAACUUUCUUCGGGAAGCCCAAGUUCACUUGUAUGAGGCUGCACUACAAACACAAUGGAACUAGUGGAUACUUUCAUACACUCAGAGCUGUGAUGCGAAACCCUGAGGAGGAUGGGAAAGACACCCUUCAGUGCAUUGCUGAGAUGCUUCAACUUACAAAACAGAGCCUGGGAUUAGAUGUGUCAAUUGUAGAAAAGAAGUUAGAAAGGAAGCACAGUAAACCACAUGAAGAUAUCCUUGGCAUCCGAUCCAAGAGUCAAGCUUCAAGCAGUACAAGCCUAACUCAAGGCAAGAACUUUCUUAUGAACAAGUUUUCUUCUCUCAAUCAAAAAGUAAAGCAAACAAAAUCCAACGUGAGCAUUGGAAGCCUUCGCAAACUUGGCAACUUUCCAAAGCCAGAGAUGAAGGUCAAUUUCUUAAGACCAAACCUGCGAGUGAAUCUGUGGAAGUCUGAUAGUAGCUUGGGGAGCUCUGAUUCACCAGUGGUAGUCUCUAAAGACGAUUCUGAUUCUGACAUAGAGAUCUCUUCCAACUCGGACUCUUUUGCAUCAGAUGGUUUCCUCUCCAAUUCGAAAUCAGAUGAUGAAUGUCAGCUGACAGACUCUGAAGAUGUAGGGCAGUGCGAUUAUGUUCUUCCCAGUUGUGGUAUUGUUGUUACAGGACCUCGGUCACGAUUAGGCAGUCGAUCGCAAUCUAUUAGCAGUUCAGAUUUUAGUAUUCCAAGUAAUCCUUCAGAAAUGCACAUAGCUCAGUGUGAUUCUGAACAUAUGAGUAAAGACAUGAUUGAUGUCCAGCUUUCUGGCAAAGCACCAAAUGCGGAUGAAGGUAUCCUGGUGGAUUUCAACACUCCCACUGAUGUUUACUGUCACCAGUUUAUCCAAGAUGCACAGCACAAAGAUCCAGAGGCUCCUGUUGGAAACUAUGCUUUCCGUCAGCAACAACUUGAACAAAGCAAUACUAUCUUGGGCACUAAAUCUGAACCAGAGAUGGUGGAACCACUUUUAUCAAGACCCUCCAAGCUGGAUGUACCCUCAGCUACCUCGAAUCAGUCGUUACUUUCAAUAGAACCUGCUGUGUCAUCUGAUAACAGUUCAACCUGUGUACUCCAUUCACCUGACGUGGAGACUGGUUUACAAGCAACUCCCUCAGCAGCAGAUGACUCGGGGAGCAGGGCUGUUUCACCAUUUGCUAAGAUCCGAAGCUCUAUGGUCCAGGUAGCAAGCAUGACCCAAGCAGGACUGCUUCAGGGGGUAAACUUUGCAGUGGGAAAAGUUCAGCGCACUCCUGAUAGUGGAAACGAAGGGCAGCAUCCGCAACUGACCGAUAUGUUUACACAGUGUCGGACCAGGAUAAUCCAAAUUUAGCUACUGAUGGGUCCUUUCCAACCUUGACUAGAUUUAAUAUUUUUAAAGUUAUGACCCAAGACCAGGUGCCCUUUAAAAUGAUCUGUAAUUUUGUAUGCUGCCUUUAACAAGGCAUUUGAGGUUUUUUGAUGGUCAGUGUAAAUGAAUCUGGGUAAUCCUGGAUCUUUUUGUUUAAGCUACUGCAGCACUAACUACUGAACAGGCCAAUGUGCAAUAUUAAUUGUGGUAGUACAUAUUAGGCCAGGGCCAUUUGUAAUCCUAGUUAAUUGUAAUGGGCUAACCCAAAAUGUUCCAGAUGGCUUUAUCUACUGUAUAACUAGAGGGGAGUUUUUAUGCUACAUGUAACGUAAACACAUCAUGCCACACAACUUAAGAACUUGCAGUUAGUUUGUGUUGCACUGAAUUGUAUUAGUGGGAUAGUGAGGUGUAUUUUGGUGUAGUUUGUCUUCUCUGCCGUACAGGGAAACUGCCACAGGGUUGGGGAGAAUAGAUUUAGACUGAACAAAGCACUCCAUAAAGAGGUUUCAAUUUAUUGAUUACUUCUCAAUUCUUAGAUACCAUACGUAAUAGCUCCAGUUCAAGGGACUUGAAUAUCUUGAUAACUUCACUGAAGUAUUACACCAUUGUCUAAAUUACCAAGAAAAUGAGUAUUAUUUUCCUUGAUUUGUCUCAUUACUGAAAAAAAAAGGUCCUAAUGAAAGUUUACCCACAGCUAAGUGAAGGGGCUUGAGAAAGCUUGAUUUCAAUCUGAUGUCGCAUUAAUAGGAUCCUAUAGCUAGUGCCUGUAUUUUCCAUAGAUGUACUGUAGCUAGAUUGUUAACGUGACAUAAAAAGCAAGUUCCUGAACAUUGUCUUAAUUGUGAUUUGAUAUUAGUCUCUGUUGCAGAGAAUUUCUAAGCAAAUUAAACCAUUUAUUCCUGUAAUAAACUCCUGGUAUUAUCACUUUUAAAUAUUUAAAUGUGCAUAUUUAUUCAUGUUGUUUUGUCACAGUGUGGUUUCUUUGGAAUGUUUAAAAACCAUUCACAUAUGCUUCAAAGCAGAUAUACUCCAAUGUAUUUUGACAUGAGGGAUGUACAUUAUUUUAAUAAAAAAUAAAGCAAAACA